AUGCAUGCCCCUACCAAUGCUUAUUUUUCUUUAGUCAAGCGCAUUCUUCGACUUAUUCAGGGCACUAUUUCUCAUGGCUUGCCUUUUGGUCCUAGUUCUUUUGAACUUCAGGCUUUUUCCGACUGUAAUUGGGCUGGCGAUGCUAGUGAUCGCAAAUCUACCUCCGGCUACUGUGUUUUUAUUGGAUCCAAUCUCAUCUCUUGGUCUGCAAAGAAACAACCCACAGUUUCUCGAUCAAGCACUGAAGCUGAGUAUCGCUCCCUUGCUCAUGCUACAGCUGAGCUUAGUUGGUUGCACAUGCUACUGCAUGAUCUUUCCAUUUCCUCUGUUCUUGCUCCUAUUCUAUGGUGUGACUACUUAUCUGCAAUAGCUUUGGCUUCCAAUCCUGUCUUCUAUACUCGAUCUAAGCAUAUUGAAGUGGAUUGCCACUUCAUUCAUGAGAAAGUUGCUGCCAAAAAGCUUGUGCUCAAAUAUGGAAUUAGUUAG